GGGAAGGGGAAGGCUGUGAACACCGCAGGAGGCAGAGGGAGGAGAGGGAAGGGGAAGGCUGUGAACACCACAGGAGGCAGAGGGAGGAGAGGGAAGGUGCUGUCUGAGGAGGGAGAGAGUGAGAAAGAAGAAGAGGUGGAGGUGAUUGAGCAAGGGAGAAGAGGAAGAAAGAGUGUGAAACAACAGAAAGAGGGAGAAAAAGAAAGACUUGAGAGGGAACAGAGAGAGGAGGAAGAGGGAAUAGAAAAGGAAAGACAAGAACAGGCUGAGAAGGAACGGUUGCAGAAGGAAAAGGUAGAAUCAGAAAGGGUUAUGCAGGAACAACAGGACAGAGAGAGCAUGGUACAGGAACUUAAAGAACAAGAUGAGAUAUUAGAGAGGGAGAAAAGAGAAGAAACAGAAAGGAUGGAGAGGGAGAAAAGAGAAGAAACAGAAAGGAUGGAGAGGGAGAAAAGAGAACAGGAGGAAAGAGAGCGGCUUGAGAGGGAAAGGAAGGAACGAGAAGAGCAAGAAAGACUGGAGCGAGAAAAGGAGAGAUUAGAGAGAGAAGAAAAAGAGAGAAUAGAGAGGAAAGAAAGAGAAGAGAGGAAAAGACUGGAGAGGGAGAAAAAAGAGAAGCAAGAAAAAUUGGAGCGAAAAAGCAUGGAAAUGGAAGCGCUUGUGCGAUUGGAGCGAGAGAGAGUGGAAAGAGAGGAGAAAGAGAGAAUAGAGGGAGAACAAGCAGAAAAUGAAAGAUUGGAGAAAGAGCGUAAAGAGAUAUUGGAGAAGGAAAAGAUGAAAAGAGAAGAGAUGAAAAAACAGGAGCGAGAACGACUGAAGAAGAACAAGGAAGAGAAGGAGCAAUUAGACAGGGAAAUAAAGGAGAGAAACCUGAAAGAAAAACUGGAGAGGGAGAAGGAAAGAGAAAAGAGGGAAGCCGAGGAGAAAGAAAAGGAGAUUAAAGAACAACAAGCGAAGGAACAAGGAGAAAAACAAACAAAGAAAGACAACGAAAAUGAGCCAAAAACAUCCACUAGAGGACGCAGAGCAAUGACCAGGAGAACCGUUAUGGUUCCACCCACAACUGAACCACCAGCUGAACCUGAUAUUCUGUCCAGACAACCAGAACCAGUCCCAGCAAGUAUAACUAGGUCUCGCUCUAACUCUGUCAGCUCUGAGAGAUCCACCUCCAACAUAGGUACCCAGGGGAGCAGAGGGAGAGGGGGGAGGAAGACCACCAGCACCACAGAGUCUGCCCCUGGUCCAGACAACCCCACCCGCAACAGCACCAGGAGACGGACGUUGGUCGGGACGGUUGUGGCUCCCCCUACUCCUGUGGGGGUCACAGUGCAGGACAUUCUCUCCAGCGAACAGUUUGUUGCCAGGAGAACCCGCUCUCGCUCCAGCUCCACCAACUCCCACAGCUCCCUCAACUCAGAGGUGUCCACCAGUAUCGCGGCAAGCGUGAGCUCUCAGAGCAAAGGGAGGGGAGGAGGGAGGAAGAAGACUGGAACAGAGUCUGUCUCUCCCAGUAACAGGCAGAGUGAGCAGCCUCCAGCCCUCAAGCCCACAGCCAGAGGCAGGAGAAGCCAGAAAGUAGAGGAUUAUGGUCCACACCCUGAGAUUAAUGAGAAGGCUGAUUCUCAGGAGGCUGGUGGUACCACUAGAGGGCAGAAGAAAACAGACAAAACCAAUGAGCCAGACCCUGUAGUAGCAGAUGAAGAAACCACUCCAGCCCAGGUAACCGAGGACUCCCCCACUCCUAGAGGGAAUGGAAGAGGCCGGGGCCGAGGCGGCCAGAAAGACAACACACCUGAACCUGAAUCCACCACUACAACAGCAGGAGGGGAAACUCGGAGUGAAGAGGGAGUGGGGUCUAAAACAGGUGGGAGAGGGAAAGGGAGGAAGAGGGGGCUGGAAGAGGAGGAGGAGAGCAGUGAGUUCAAGGUUCCCCGGGGGAAAGCUAAGGUUCAGAGGGGAGGGAGACGCAGGGCAGCAGAGGAAGGAGAGAAAGAGGAGAAACAUGCAUCCACUCCAGCAAAGAGAGGCAGAACCUCCACUGCACAGGUGAAAAAGAUAGCAGAGGAGGAGAAGAGUAUGGAGGGACAGAGUGAGAAGAUGGAAGAGGAAGAGGCUGGUGCUGUGCAGAGGAAAGUCCGAGGCAGGCAGUCGACGGUUCAGAUAAAGAAAGAAGAGGAAUCUGUUUUGGACUCUAAUUCUGUGGUAAUGUUCACUCUCCAUCUGCUCCAUCUCUCUCCCUCAGCCAUGGGAGUACACUGAUAUCGCUCUCUCCCUCAGCCAUGGGAGUACACUGACAUCUCGCUCUCCCUCAGCCAUGGGAGUACACUGACAUCUCGCUCUCCCUCAGCCAUGGGAGUACACUGAUAUCGCUCUCUCCCUCAGCCAUGGGAGUACACUGACAUCUCUCUCUCCCUCAGCCAUGGGAGUACACUGACAUCUCCCUCUCCCUCAGCCAUGGGAGUACACUGAUAUCGCUCUCUCCCUCAGCCAUGGGAGUACACUGACAUCUCUCUCUCCCUCAGCCAUGGGAGUACACUGACAUCUCGCUCUCCCUCAGCCAUGGGAGUACACUGACAUCUCUCUCUCCCUCAGCCAUGGGAGUACACUGACAUCUCUCUCUCCCUCAGCCAUGGGAGUACACUGACAUCUCACUCUCCCUCAGCCAUGGGAGUACACUGACAUCUCACUCUCCCUCAGCCAUGGGAGUACACUGACAUCUCACUCUCCCUCAGCCAUGGGAGUACACUGACAUCUCUCUCUCCCUCAGCCAUGGGAGUACACUGACAUCUCACUCUCCCUCAGCCAUGGGAGUACACUGACAUCUCUCUCUCCCUCAGCCAUGGGAGUACACUGACAUCUCUCUCUCCCUCAGCCAUGGGAGUACACUGACAUCUCGCUCUCCCUCAGCCAUGGGAGUACACUGACAUCUCACUCUCCCUCAGCCAUGGGAGUACACUGACAUCUCACUCUCCCUCAGCCAUGGGAGUACACUGACAUCUCUCUCUCCCUCAGCCAUGGGAGUACACUGACAUCUCACUCUCCCUCAGCCAUGGGAGUACACUGACAUCUCGCUCUCCCUCAGCCAUGGGAGUACACUGACAUCUCACUCUCCCUCAGCCAUGGGAGUACACUGACAUCUCGCUCUCCCUCAGCCAUGGGAGUACACUGACAUCUCUCUCUCCCUCAGCCAUGGGAGUACACUGACAUCUCUCUCUCCCUCAGCCAUGGGAGUACACUGACAUCUCUCUCUCCCUCAGCCAUGGGAGUACACUGACAUCUCGCUCUCCCUCAGCCAUGGGAGUACACUGACAUCUCACUCUCCCUCAGCCAUGGGAGUACACUGACAUCUCACUCUCCCUCAGCCAUGGGAGUACACUGACAUCUCACUCUCCCUCAGCCAUGGGAGUACACUGACAUCUUUGCAUAACAACCCUAGUAAUGAAUUAAGUGGUUCAAUGUGCAUAACUGUCAGUUUGUAUACACCCUGUAUUACUGAAUAAUGGUACUCUCUCUCUCUCUCUUCCUCUCGUCCCCCUCUCUUUGCUUCUCUCCUCCCGCUCCUGCUCUUCCCCCUCUCUCUCUUCCACCCCCUACCCCUCUCCG